AUGGAAGUUGAGAGCCGGCGGGGCCUAAGGGGCGCGAGGGCAAGUCUGGACAAGGGAGCAGCCGGAGCGGCUGUGUGGGACGUGGGAGCAGGCCCCUCCAUGCCGCCCUCCUACGGCUCUGGCAGGACCUUCUGGAAACCGACGGGGAGUGGGCCAGCUCCGCCUCUGCCUAGCCAAGCGCCGGAACCAGCUGCCCACACGCAGGCCAGCAGCGUCUCCCUCCCAGACGGACCAGAGGCUCAGAGGCCAGGCAAAGAUUUACCCGUUCGCUUCUCCUUGGCUGGGGAGGGGGGUCUUUGGCUGGACAUGCGCCCCACCACCACCACCACAGGAAAGAGCUGCUGCGUAUUGCCGCUCAGCUGUGACCCCAGGGUCACGCACCCACGGGUCUGCAGCCCUGAAUCCAGUCCCCGGGGACUCUCCUCCUGGCUGUUCCCCUGCCCCACCCUUGGGGCCUGGCAGGCAGGACCGCCUCGGCUGGUCACCCGAAUCCAAGUGCUGGCAGCUGAGCUCGUGCCCCUGGUUCUGGUCAUCUGUGGCCAGGAUGAUGGUCCCCCCGGCUCAGAGGACCCCGAGCACGAUGACCACAAGGGCCAGCCCCGGCCUCGGGUGCCUCGGAAGCGGGGACACAUCUCACCUAAGUCCCGCCCCGUGGCCAACUCUACCCUCCUAGGGCUGCUGGCUCCACCUGGGGAGGCUUGGGGAGUCCUCGGGCAGCCCCCCAACCGCCCGAACCACAGCCCCCCGCCCUCGGCCAAGGUGAAGAAGAUCUUUGGCUGGGGCGACUUCUACUCCAACAUCAAGACGGUGGCGCUGAACCUGCUCGUCACAGGGAAGAUCGUGGACCAUGGCAACGGGACCUUCAGCGUCCACUUCCGGCACAACGCCACAGGCCAGGGCAACAUUUCCAUCAGCCUCGUGCCCCCCAGCAAAGCGGUAGAGUUCCACCAGGAGCAGCAGAUCUUCAUCGAAGCCAAGGCCUCCAAAAUCUUCAACUGCCGGAUGGAGUGGGAGAAGGUGGAGCGCGGCCGCCGGACCUCGCUGUGCACCCACGACCCCGCCAAGGUCUGCUCCCGAGACCACGCCCAGAGCUCUGCCACCUGGAGCUGCUCCCAGCCCUUCAAAGUUGUCUGCGUCUACAUCGCCUUCUACAGCACGGACUAUCGGCUGGUCCAGAAGAUCAAGGCAUGGAGGAGCCCAACCCUUGGCUCCCGCCAUCCGGACGGCUGAGACAGGGCUUCCUGGGAGCUCCGGCCCAGCCCAGCAGGCAGCCCUGAUUCCUGGUCCUGCACUCAGCCUGGCAUGAGGCUGAAGUGGUGACCCUGGAGGUCUUCGCCGUCUUGACAAAUCGACCAUCUGUCUCCAGCCAGGCCAGCCCUUUCCAAAAUUCCCUCCCUGACGGCAGUCCCCAUGCCACCCACCCUCUUGUGGAUGGCACAUCGAUCAUUAAGCUGAGAUGGGACGACUGUGGAAGCCCACCUGUGUGCCGUGUGUUCUCCUCCACCCUCAUGACCCACACCGCCCCCAGCUCCUCUGGAGCUCCCUUGUCUCAGAGAGUGGUCAGCCUCAGUAGUCAGCCUUGCCUGUCAGACGGAGGCUCUCCGGCUAGGGGUGGUGCCUCCCUCUGGGCCUGGAGCCGUGGGCAGCGUGGGCAGGCAAGGCUGGGCCGCUGAGUGCCGGCUGGAUCUGUUCCGUGUAUCUGUCUGUGGGGGGGGGAGGGGAGGGAAGUCUUGUGAAAUCACCUGGUUGCUGACUUCUGUGUGCAGAAUCUUGUUCUUGGAGCAGGAAAUAAAGCUUGCCCCAGGGCACUGGGUUCCAGCUGUUGGGGAAAGGGCCCCGGGGCGCCCUUCGGUCCAGACA